CUUCCUUCACUCAAAUUAUUUUUUCGCAAAUUUUUUUCUUCACAAAUCACUAAAGAACUAUUUAUUCAGUCUUAAUUUUUCAUAAAUUUGUGUGUAACCCAAAGGAAGCUACUUAAGGACUGAGUCCAGUUAGGCGCAGGUGUAAAAUUCACCAAGAUUAUUAGCCAAAUUAAACUUUUUAUAAAUUUUUACAUUGCCAUUGAUGUGGAAGAAUUUGUGUUCAAUGUGCAUACAGGAGGCAUAUGGAGAGCUUAAAAGCACAGAUAGGCCAAGCAAGAUAUGCAUAAUUUGGAAAAUGCUCUUUACUGGACUUGACAGAAGCUGACAUUUUCAAGAGAGAGCUUGCAUUACAAAAAAUCUCAUGUGAGUAAAGGGUAUGCUUUGCUCAGCUUGGAUUAAAGACUUUGAGGAAUAUUGUAUUUCCCUUGUUGAAUACCCCAUGUGAGCAAGCCAAUGCAAUAGAAGGAUUGAGAAAAGAUAUAGAAGCUCCUUUAAGAACAAAUUAGUUCAAAAUCGUUUUCUUCAUUUCAAAUUUAGCAGAAUCAGUUCAGAUAAGUCCCUCCUGGAAAAGAUAGAUAUAAUGUCCUGUUAAUGAUCUUCCAGCUGCUUGUUAAUUCAGAAUUUUGACACAAGUCUUAACUCUAAGUCUAUACACUUUGCUAGGUAAGAAUUCUUCCUAAUUAGCGUUCUCCAUAAAGCAUAAAUCCGGAAUCUAAGGUUCUUCAUCGUCAAAGAUUCA